GUCAGUUACGCGAGGCUUACCAAACACGGACGUCAUGUGGAAACAGCUUGUGAUAUAUUAAGUGUUAUAACGUAUUUAUAUGAACAGUAAAUGAAACAAAAAUGUACAUCAAGGACAUAUAGGUUAAUAAAACGGAUUUUUAAAUAAUUACAAGUAAAAUCAAAAGAGGUAAAUCGCCGGUGUGAAAAAUAAAUUCAAUUAUAAAUAGAAAAAAAGAAUUCAAACUUAAAAUCAUUAUUCUAAUAAACAUUGAGACGUGCUUUGAAUAUGAAUACAUUAAAUUACAGAGCUAAAACCACAUUUUUUUUUUUAUUAUACCAAUGUUAGUUAACCAAUAAUUAAAUCUUAAAAUCUAUAAAACAUAUUUCUGAACUAGUGACAUAAUUUAUCGUAUUACCCAAAAAACGAAAUAAUAAAAUCAACGAAUAAUAGUUAAUUUAGUUUAUCAAUAAAGUGAACCGAAUUAAAAUAAAGAAUUAAAAAUAAAAAUGCAUCGUUAAUUCGGCUCAUCUUCGGAAUACAAAAUUUGAAUUAUUUGUGGAAUGGAAUUAUUGAAGAAACUUUAACAUAAAUUAAAAAAUAAUGCAUCAAAUAUAGAGUUAAAAUUUGACAGUAAUUUUAAAAUAAUACUUCAUAAAGUAAAAUGGCGCCACAUACAAAAAAAAAAUAUUGUGUCAAUGAAAUAGAGAUGAGCCACCAUACCGAUUUGAAAGAUGGGAAGUGUUAUAGCUACGAGGAGGCCUUGGAUUUGUCUGGUCACGGUAAAUACAACUACGGGCUCCUUUUCGCCUGUUUCAUGGUAAUAGUCGCCAUGGGUGUCGACAUCUUCGGCCUAGGCAUCAUAGUGACCGCGGCGACCUGCGACCUGGGGUUGAGCUUAAAGCAGAUCGGAGUCUUGUCGUCUAUGCCUUUUGCUGGUAUAAUAGUGAUGUCGUAUCCAUGGGGUUACCUGUCAGAUACUAAGGGAAGGAGACUGGUGCUGCUAUGGGCAAUGGGGGGUAGCUUUGCCAGUGCAGUCCUUAGUAGCCUGGCUCCCAAUUGGCAAGUCCUGGCAGCCCUACGGUUCAUAAGUUCUGCAUUAUCAAGCGCGGCGGAGUCAGCAACGUACGCGCUGCUGGGGGAAUGCUGUAACUCGAGAUCCCGUGCCAAGUACAUGCUCUUGAUGACCAGCGCUCUUAUGUUGACGCCUACGCUAUAUUAUGUGUGGGGUUAUUUCAUCACGAAACUAAACUUCACUUUCUACAUAAUGGGCAUCUCAUUCCGUCCAUGGCGGUUGCUGACAUUGAUCAUGUCGCUACCUCUGGGCAUUGGUGCUCUGUUGCUGUGCUUCUUCAAAGAGAGCCCCAAGUUCCUCGCAAAUGUUGGCAGAAAGGAAGAGGCUGUGGCAGUUCUUAGACGGAUGUAUGAAGUUAAUGGAGGGAAGGGGGAAUAUCCAGUCAAAGAUAUCGUUGGCGAAGACUGUAAGGAGGAGGUGGGUCAGCUCACACUUCGAUCUCUGUGGAUCCAAAUUGCACCGCUCUUCCAACCACCUCUCCUCGGCAGGACGCUUCUGCUCUACUAUCUGACUUUCGUGACCUAUAUAGCUAACAACAGCUUCGCCAUAAUAUUACCGACAAUAUUCAACGUGUUCUUCACCACAUACGCGAGCAGUAGUACCAGUGUAGGCUUCUGUGAAGUUUUUGGCAGUAAUUCCAACUCUACCACCCUUGAAAAAGAGGUGAAGUGUACUGGCAAAAUUGAGGAUAAUACCAUAUGGGCGGGCUGCGCACACGGGCUGUCGUUCUUCGUCCUCAACGCGUUGAUCUCUCAGUGUGCGGGAAAACGAAAGGCACUUACUAUAGUAAUUCUUCUGAUAGCAGCAAUUGCAGCCAUCGUUAUCGACCUCACUGGAGAAGCGUUAUUCGGACUGGUGUUAUUCUACGUGUACCUCACCACUGCCAUGGUCUUCGGAGUAAUAUCUUCAUACUUCGUAACCCUCUACCCUACGUCCUACAGAGGGAUGGUAGCAUGUCUGGGCAUGAUGGUCGCCAGGCUGAGCGCGUUCACCGGCACCAACGUGGUCAGUGCCACCAUCACUGACAACUGCGCCGCAACUUUCUAUGGCGCCGCUGGUUUAGUGAUCAGUGGUGUAAUAGCUGCGUUUUUCUUACCUCCAGAUGGUGAAGAAGUCAAUUAAUUUUAUGAUAGAUUAUUACAAUU